UGCCGGCCCUGGGGCUCCGCGGCCCCGCGCAGGACGCCCAGGCUGCACUGGGCGCCCUGGGCAAGGCCCUGCGGCCCCUGGAGGAGUGGCUGAGGCUGCACACCUACCUGGCGGGGGACGCGCCCUCUCUGGCUGACCUGGCCGCCGUCACAGCCUUGCUGCUACCCUUCCGAUACGUCCUGGACCCCUCCGCCCGCCAGAUCUGGGGCAGCGUGACCCGCUGGUUCAGUGCCUGUGUCCAGCAGCCGGAGUUCCGGGCUGUGCUGGGAGACGUGGCUCUGUACUCGGGGACCAGGUCCCCCUGCCAGCAGCCAGGCCCUGAGGUCCCUGCACCUCCCAAGACAGCUGCUCAGCUCAAGAAAGAAGCGAAGAAGCGGGAGAAGCUGGAGAAGUUCCAACAGAAGCAGAGGCUGCAACAGCAGCAGCCGCCCGCAGGGGAGCAGAAGAGGCCGAGAGCGGAGAAGAAGGAGAAACGCGAUCCCGGCGUCCUGACCUAUGACCUCCCGACCCCGCCUGGGGAGAAGAAAGAUGUGAGCGGCGCCAUGCCCGACUCCUACAGCCCGCGGUACGUGGAGGCCGCCUGGUACCCCUGGUGGGAGCAGCAGGGCUUCUUCAAGCCGGAGUACGGGCGCCCCAGCGUGUCGGUGCCAAACCCCCGGGGCGUCUUCAUGAUGUGCAUCCCACCCCCCAACGUGACAGGCUCCCUGCACCUGGGCCAUGCGCUCACCAACGCCAUUCAGGACUCGCUGACCCGAUGGCACCGCAUGCGCGGCGAGACCACCCUGUGGAACCCGGGCUGUGACCACGCGGGCAUUGCCACCCAGGUGGUGGUGGAGAAGAAGCUGUGGCGGGAACGAGGGCUCAGCCGGCACCAGCUGGGGCGCGAGGCCUUCCUGCAGGAGGUCUGGAAGUGGAAGGAGGAGAAAGGUGACCGGAUCUACCACCAGCUGAAGAAGCUCGGCAGCUCCUUGGACUGGGACCGAGCCUGUUUCACCAUGGACCCUAAACUGUCGGCGGCUGUGACAGAGGCUUUCGUGCGGCUUCAUGAGGAAGGCAUCAUCUACCGCAGCACGCGCCUGGUCAACUGGUCCUGCGCCCUCAACUCCGCCAUCUCCGACAUUGAGGUGGAUAAGAAGGAGCUGACAGGUCGCACGCUGCUCUCUGUGCCCGGUUACGAGGAGAAGGUGGAGUUUGGGGUCCUGGUGUCCUUCGCUUACAAGGUGCAGGGCUCAGACAGUGGUGAGGAGGUGGUGGUGGCCACAACUCGGAUUGAGACCAUGCUGGGCGAUGUGGCGGUGGCCGUGCACCCAGAAGAUCCCAGAUACCAGCACCUGCAGGGAAAGAGUGUGGUCCACCCGUUCCUGCCGCGGAGCCUCCCCGUUGUCUUUGACGAUUUUGUGGACAUGGAGUUUGGCACAGGCGCCGUGAAGAUCACCCCCGCGCACGACCAGAACGACUACGAGGUGGGGCAGCGGCACCGGCUGGAGGCCAUCAGCAUCAUGGACGCCCGCGGGGCCCUCAUCAACGUGCCCCCCCCUUUCCUGGGCCUGCCCAGGUUUGAGGCCCGGAAGGCUGUGCUGGCGGCCCUGAAGGAGCAGGGGCUCUUCCGGGGCAUCCGGGACAACCCCAUGGUGGUGCCACUGUGCAACCGUUCUAAGGACGUGGUGGAACCUCUGCUGCGGCCGCAGUGGUACGUGCGCUGCGGGGAGAUGGCCCAGGCCGCCAGCGCAGCUGUGACGCGGGGCGACCUCCGCAUCCUGCCCGAGGCCCAUCAGCGGACGUGGCACUCCUGGAUGGACAAUAUCCGGGACUGGUGCAUCUCCCGGCAGCUGUGGUGGGGCCAUCGCAUUCCAGCCUACUUCGUCACUGUCAGCGACCCUGCCGUGCCCCCCGGGGAGGACCCGGACGGCCGCUACUGGGUGAGUGGACGCAGCGAGGCGGAGGCCCGGGACAAGGCAGCCAAGGAGUUCGGGGUGUCGCCUGACAAGAUCGCCCUCAAGCAAGAUGAGGACGUGCUGGACACCUGGUUCUCUUCUGGCCUCUUCCCCUUCUCCAUCUUCGGCUGGCCCAGCCAGUCAGAAGACCUGAAUGUGUUCUACCCGGGGACGUUGCUGGAGACGGGCCAUGACAUCCUGUUCUUCUGGGUGGCCCGGAUGGUCAUGCUCGGCCUGAAGCUCACCGGCAGGCUGCCCUUCAGAGAGGUGUACCUGCACGCCAUCGUGAGGGACGCACACGGCCGGAAGAUGAGCAAGUCUCUGGGCAAUGUCAUCGACCCCCUCGACGUCAUCCACGGCGUCUCCCUGCAGGGCCUGCACGAGCAGUUACUGAGUAGCAACCUGGAUCCCAGCGAGGUGGAGAAGGCCAAGGAAGGACAGAAGGCCGACUUCCCUGCUGGGAUUCCUGAGUGUGGCACCGACGCCCUCCGGUUUGGCCUCUGUGCCUACACCUCUCAGGGUCGGGACAUCAACCUGGAUGUGAACCGGAUACUGGGUUACCGACACUUCUGCAACAAGCUCUGGAACGCCACCAAGUUUGCCCUCCGAGGCCUCGGGCAGGGCUUUGUGCCCUCACCCACGUUCACGCCGGGGGGCCGCGCGAGCCUGGUGGACCGCUGGAUCCUCAGCAGGCUGACGGAGGCCGUGAGGCUCAGCAAUGAAGGCUUCCAGGCCUAUGAUUUCCCAGCCAUCACCACGGCCCAGUAUAGCUUCUGGCUGUACGAGCUCUGUGACGUCUACCUGGAGUGCCUGAAGCCCGUGCUGCACGGGGUGGACCAGGCCGCCGCCGAGUGUGCCCGCCAGACGCUCUACACCUGCCUGGACGUCGGCCUGCGCCUGCUGUCGCCCUUCAUGCCCUUCGUGACGGAGGAGCUGUUCCAGAGGCUGCCCCGGCGCUCGCCGCAGGCCCCUGCCAGCCUCUGCGUCACCCCCUACCCCGAGCCUGCGGAGUGCUCCUGGAAGGACCCUGAGGCAGAGGCUGCCCUCGAGCUGGCGCUGAGCAUCACUCGUGCCGUCCGCUCCCUGCGUGCGGACUACAACCUCACCCGGACCCGGCCCGACUGUUUCCUGGAAGUGGCCGACGAGCCCACAGGCGCCCUGGCGUCGGCGGUGUCCGGCUACGUGCAAGCGCUGGCCAGCGCGGGUGUGGUGGCAGUCUUGGCCCUCGGGGCUCCUGCACCCCAGGGCUGCGCCGUGGGCCUGGCGUCUGAUCGCUGCUCCAUCCACCUGCAGCUGCAGGGCCUGGUGGACCCCGCAAGGGAGCUGGGCAAGCUGCAGGCCAAGCGGGCGGAGGCGCAGCGCCAGGCCCAGCGCCUGCAGGAGCGCCGCUCCGCCGCAGGCUACUCCGGCAAGGUGCCCCUGGAAGUCCAGGAGGCGGACGAGGCCAAGCUCAGACAGACAGAGGCAGAGCUCAGGAAGGUGGAUGAGGCCAUCGCCCUGUUCCAGAAGAUGCUGUGACGCCCGCUCCAGCCCUCUCGGCCCCCGGGGUCCACCUUGGGAACAGCAGCAAUAAAAUAUUUUGCCACAAA